AUGGACGCUUCUGAACUCCGGACGUAUGAGUUCCAGCUGAGCCAGGUGGAUGCCGCGCUCCAGGCGGAGCCGGAAAAUGAGGAGCUGCAGUCGCUGCGGGCCGAAUUGGCCAACCUCAUCGAGCUGACCAAGUCGGCCACCGCGCAGGCCGAGGCGCCCAUGCCAAGUGCGCCGGCACCCGAGAGCACACAGACCUUUCGUACUGGUGACGAGGUCAUGGCGCGGCACCAGGCGGACGGAAAAUGGUACCCUGCGCGCAUUGCGUCGGUGGCAGGUACGGCAGAGAGUGCCGUGUACUCGAUCAUCUAUACCAAGACACGCACGACCGAGAUGCUGCAUGCUCCUGACCUGCGCAUCCGCAAAGUCGAUCCCAACGCACCCCAGCCGAGUCAUGCCAAGACGGUCAAGGCACAGGCGCAGCGCAUGAUGACGAACGACGAGCGCGCACGCGAGCGCGAGCGCAAAAAGGCCAAGAAGGAGAAGAAGAUGCGGCGCGAAGCAGAGAAGGACAAGGUGCACGACGACAAGAAGAUGGCGUGGCAAAAGUUUGCUGCGAAAGGCGUCAACAAGGGAUACCCUAUGGGGGGCCGCAAGACGGACGAUACCACGAUGGUCGGUGUGUCGGGAGGCAGCCGCAUGACACCGAAUCCGCAGCGCACGCGGCAUGUGUUUGGUCCGGGCGCGAAUGGCGAGGAGUAG